AUGGCUUCUGGUAAGAAACGUUCUGUGGCUUGGGAUAACUUCACCUUGGUUUCUCCUAAUAAGGUGCGGUGUUUGAUUUGCCCACAAGAGUUGGCAUUUCAUGACAACACCUCCUCCAUGAUGCGACACCUCCGAUCCAUCCAUCAUGUUGAAACACCUCAGACUACGAACCAAACUUUCAAUCCUCCUCCUGCCGUGUCAAGGAAGCAAAAGCUUGAUGCUGCAUUGGUGGAUAUGUUUGUAAUGGAUGCGCAACCAUUUUCUAUUGUGGAAGAUAAAGGUUUCAAGGCCUUUGUCAACCUUUUGGACCCCACCUACAUAAUCCCUAAUAGGAAGGCCUUGCGGAAUAUGGUGGAGGACAAAUACAAGGCGACAAAGGAGAAGGCCUUAGCUCUGGUGAGCAAGGCCUCUGCUGUCAGCCUGACUGCUGACAUGUGGACGUCCAUGAACAUGGACGCCUACUUAGCUGUAACCUGCCAUUUUAUCAAUGAGGAGGUGGAGCUGUCCUCUGUGGUCUUGGGGGUUCAAAAGUUUCCCCAAACCCACACUGCAGCUCACUUGGCUGAGGCCAAAGAUCUCAUGGAAGAGUGGGGAAUUAAAGGGAAGGUGACAGGCCUGAGGUCCCUUGCCCAAACCCCUGAACUGGAGGACAUCCGGAGUAGGGGGCGCAGGAUCGUUGGGCAUUUUAAGUCCAGAACCACAGCCAAGGAGAAGCUGUCUGAGAUGCAGCGACAGCUGGCCAGGCCGGAGCACAAAUUAAUUCAGGAGGUGGACACAAGGUGGAACAGUACAUUCGCCAUGUUGGAAAGGCUGUUUAAGGAGAGAGAGCCACUGGGUGCAGCUCUGGCCACCCUCAAUACGGACCUCACCCCGUUCACCACAGAGGAUUACCAGGCGAUGCACCAGUGCCUGGACGUUCUUCGGCCAUUUCACCAGGCCACAGUGGAGCUCUCUGAGGAAAAACGGGUGUCGGCCUCCAAGGUUAUUCCACUUGUAAAAAUGCUAAAACAUUAUAUCUCAAGCAGAUGUGGCCAUAUCACAAACCCACUGGGUGAGAAACUGGCCACAAACCUAAAGAAUAACCUUUGUGAAAAGUUUGCAGUGUUGGAGAAGGUCACGCCACUCUCAAUGGCAACCUUACUGGACCCUAGAUUCAAAGAGCUGGGGUUCUGCAGCCAAGGCUCUGCUCAAACUGCUGUAGAAAGGCUGACCAGAGAGUGUGCUGCAACAAUGCAGGUGGAACUUCCAGCUCAGGCACAGCCACGGUCACCACCUAGAGCAGGCCCUUCAGGUCAACUGGAGGAUGGCGGUCUCUGGGCCCUGCUGGAUAGGCAUGUGGGUCCUCAACAGCAGGUGACCAGCUCAACUGCCAGUGCUACAGUGGAGGUUCAGAGGGUGCUGCUGCUUCACCCAUUGACGGGAGAGAAAGAUACAUUUAUUCCCUCCAAAAGUCAGAGAGUGCCAUGGAGACAAAGACCAAAAGUCUGGAUGCGUAGAAAAGAAAAACACGAGAAGGAGAGGGUGGUGCUGUUGUCGCUUCAGCCGUUUGCCCCCUUUCCAGCCAAAAACAGUCAAGACAAACCCCCACCCGAUGCCCGUGAAGGUUUUUACUGUUUCUGUUAA